AUGCCAUCCGUGUCUCCUGUGGGACCGUCGGCCACAGUGGCACCCAAUGUCACAGCUCGUCCCACGCCGGGGGCCAACAGCAGCGGGCCAGAGAUGCCCCUGUUCCACCUAUUCGCCAAGCUGGACGAGGAGCUGCACGCCUGCUUCCCACGCCUGUGGCUGGCGCUGAUGGGGGUGCACAGUGUCAUCUUCCUGGUGGGGCUGGUGCUCAACGGGCUAGCACUGUACGUCUUCUGCUGCCGCACCCAGGCCAAGACGCCGUCCGUCAUCUACACCAUCAACCUGGUGGUGACCGAUCUGCUGGUGGGCCUGUCGCUGCCCACGCGCUUCGUCGUCUUCUACGGCACCCGCGGUUGCCUGCGGUGCGCCUUUCCGCACGUCUUCGGCUACUUCCUCAACAUGCACUGCUCCAUCCUCUUCCUCACUUGCAUCUGCGUCGACCGCUACUUGGCCAUCGUGCGGCCUGAUGGUUCCCGCCGCUGGCGCCAGCCCGCCUGCGCCAAGGCCGUGAGCGCCCUCGUGUGGCUGGUGGCCGGCGCCGUGACCCUGUCCGUGCUGGGCGUGGCGGCCGGCGGCCGACCCUGCUGCCGCGUCUUCGCGCUGACGGUGCUGGAGUUCCUCUUGCCGCUACUGGUCAUCAGCGUGUUCACCGGCCGCAUCGUGUGCGCGCUGUCAAGGCCGGGCCUGCUGCGCCAGGGCCGCCAGCGCCGGGUGCGGGCCACGCAGCUCCUGCUUACGGUGCUUCUCAUCUUCCUCGUCUGCUUCACGCCCUUCCACGCCCGCCAGGUGGCCGUGGCGCUCUGGCCGGACCUGCCACCCCGCGCCAGCCUCGUGGCCUACCACGUGGCCGUGACCCUCAGCAGCCUCAACAGCUGCAUGGACCCUAUCGUCUACUGCUUCGUCACCAGCGGUUUCCAGGCCACAGUCCGCGGCCUCUUCCACCGGCGCGGCGUCCAGUACCAGCCCAGCAGCGGGGAAGCGGUUCUCAUGCACAAGAGCUCCAAGGCCUCGGCCCACCACAUCCUGGGCGUCACCCGGGCCCUGGCCAAUGGGCCGGAGGCUUAG